AUGUCUUUUAUUGAUAUUGUUGGAAAUAGUUCCGUUGAUAAUGACAAAAGAUAUGGAGUUAUAGAAAUUGAAGAUAGUUUUGCUGAUAAUAGUAACAACUUUGGAUUUAUGGAAAUUGGAAAUAAUUUUGCUAACAAUGAUAACAAUCUUAAAUUUAUGGAAUUUGAAAAUAUUUUUGUUGAAAAUGAUAUCAAUUUUGAAUUAAUGGAAGUUGGAAAUAUGAAUAUUCUCCACAAAGAAGGAGAAAAUGUAGAUGAAAAGAAAUGUAUAGGAAAAUUGAGUUCAGAUUUUUCGUUAAUAUUUUUCAAUAAAAUAUCUUUUAUUGAUAUUGUUGGAAAUAGUUCUGUUGAUAAUGACAAAAGAUAUGGAGUUAUAGAAAUUGAAGAUAGUUUUGCUGAUAAUAGUAACAACUUUGGAUUUAUGGAAAUUGGAAAUAAUUUUGCUAACAAUGAUAACAAUUCUAAAUUUAUGGAAUUUGAAAAUAUUUUUGUUGAAAAUGAUAUCAAUUUUGAAUUAAUGGAAGUUGGAAAUAUGAAUAUUCUCCACAAAGAGGGAGAAAAUGCAGAUGAAAAGAAAUGUAUAGGAAAAUUGAGUUCAGAUUUUUCGUUAAUAUUUUUCAAUAAAAUAUCUUUUAUUGAUAUUGUUGGAAAUAGUUCUGUUGAUAAUGACAAAAGAUAUGGAGUUAUAGAAAUUGAAGAUAGUUUUGCUGAUAAUAGUAACAACUUUGGAUUUAUGGAAAUUGGAAAUAAUUUUGCUAAGAAUGAUAACAAUUCUAAAUUUAUGGAAUUUGAAAAUAUUUUUGUUGAAAAUGAUAUCAAUUUUGAAUUAAUGGAAGUUGGAAAUAUGAAUAUUCUCCAUAAAGAGGGAGAAAAUGCAAAUGAAAAGGUUAUGAGUGAAGAAGAGUUACCAUAA